AUGGCGUCCGGUCUUCCUAUUGCCACGGUAUACGUGCGAAAUCUCGAGGAGCGCGCCAAAGUCGACCAGCUGAAGGAUGCGCUACUUCAAAUCUUCUCCGAUUACGGCAAUGUCAUUGACAUUAUUGCCAAGACGAAUCUCAAAGCAAAAGGACAGGCUUUCGUCGUUUUUGACGACCCCGAGGCCGCUCGCAAGGCCAUAGAAGAGGUUCAGGGAUUUGAGCUGUUCGAGAAGCCCAUGCAGCUGGCCCUCGCCCGGACUAGGAGCGACGCGACUGUCAAGUCGGUAGGCAACGAGGAUGAGUUUGAGCUUCACAAGCGCCGUCGCCUAGCUGAAAAGGACAAGAAGAAGGCCUACGAAGCUGCCGAAGAGCAGAAACGUCUCAAAAGACCUGGCCCCGGCAGUGCUGCGGCACCAGACGCCCGUCCGGCAAAGGCUGCUCGCGGAGCUGGUCUCAAGUCCACCAAUCCCUCCACAACAGCUGUUAUUCCCGAUGAAUAUCUACCCCCGAACAAGAUUCUGUUCGUACAGAACUUACCCGACGACUACGAUAUCGAGGCUGUUACCAGUAUCUUUGGCCGUUUCGAGGGUUUCCGUGAGGUAAGAUUAGUGCCGGGACGCCGCGGUAUUGCCUUUGUCGAGUACGACGGUGAACAGGGUGCCAUUACGGCGAAAGAGAAUACGGCUGGAAUGGUACUGGGGGAUACCCAUACAAUCAAGGUCACAUACCAACGCCAGUAG